AUUAUAUUUAAAAACAGUUUUUAGUGAACCGGUUCAAAAUCGUGCAAGUGAAUUUGCAGUUUUUAAAAAUCCAUAAUACUAUAUUAUCGUAAAUCUAGCAAUGCGAUCAUUUUUAUUCAAAAUUGUAUGUUGUAUAUUGAUUAUCAACGUAACAUGUAAGCAUUUUACUAUAUAAUCAUAAUGCCUACUAAAAUAUAAACAUUAAACGUAUUAAAUUACUGAAUCUGAUUAACUAUUCAAAUUUAAAUGGAUACCUAUACAACUCCGUGAUAUACAUUUCAGCAAUGUAUAAAUCUGGAAUAAAUAGAAAUUUACCGCUAUUGAUAUUAGAACGGUACAAACUUAGAAUGUAAAAAUCCAGAAUGUACAAAUCUGGAGAGGAAAAAUGUUGAAACUUAUAAAUCUUGAAUCGUUAGGUUAAGUUAGGUUAGAGUAAAUGAGAUGAACUGUUUACUUUCCUAGGCCAAUUGAAGUGCCGCAGCCGGCCCUAUUUGUUGGAGGAGAAUAUCCACUUUUCUAACCUAAAUUCUCACCUGAUACUAUUGCAAGGAAGGCAGUGUUCUAAAUAUAAAUCCAAACCUUGUUAAAGCAAGUAUAAUUUAUUUUUAUUUAAUAAUUUCACUUUCCAUAUUGUAAUAAAUUUCCGGAUUUUUGAUGCCAGGUUUGUACCGUUCAGAUUUCGAUAUCCGUAAAACUUGAAAUAUAUAUUUGCAUAUUUUAGACUUUUACAUUCCAUAUUUAUAGAAAAAUUCCUAAAAAGUAUAUUCUAAAGUUUUCUGGGAGUACUAUCCAAAUUUCAAUCAAAUAAUUAACUUAAAAUUUGUUUCGUAUAAGAUUUUAAAUUUAAACUAUUUUAAAAUAGAUGUUAAGUAUGUAUAUUUUAAAUGUUUGUGCUUGAUGAAAUAUCAACAUAAAUUAUUAUACCCCAGUUAGAUUUACAAUUUAUGUUCGCUUAUAAAACCCAUAGAUCAUUCAAUUUUCAAAUCAGUUUGAAGAACAAAACUGAUUACCUGUUCAAUUAUUUAACUAUUGUAUCAUUAUUGGAAAAAAAAGUCUUAGAAUAAGAAAAAUUUACGUUAAGGGAAGAAAAACUAUCUUUUAUAUAGAUUUAGCCUAUUGGAGUGGAGAUAAGGAUAAGUGGAACAAAUCACAUGUUUUGGUAACAAAUUGAGGUCUAUGCGAAGUCUAGUGAACAUAACAAUUAUAGAUCAGCUAACUUCAAAUUAUGUAUUAUCGAUCUGCGCUCGGAAUCGUCUUUCGUCAACAAUGGUUUAUCGUUGCUUACAGAUAUAAAUGAAAUAACCUUAUGUAUCUUACCUUCCAACUUCCCACCCAAAACAGUGGCUGCACCCGACCUCAGUAACAGUUUUUUUUUUUUUUUUUACUUCCUUUUUUUCCGAACCCCCAUAAAAACAAGAGUACGAGAUUUAUUUUAUUAUAAUUUAUUAAAAUAAAAUUGUAUUUAUUUAUUUAUAAUCUAUUCAUUUUUAGAAAACAUUAUUUGAAAUGUUUAUUGUUACUCAUUAUCAACUGUAACUCAAAUGUAUCUUCUCAUAAAUAAAAUAAUGAUAGUAUACUUAGCUAAAGGUAAGCAAAGAUAUCAAUGUAUUAAAUACAGAACCAACAGUUCAUAAUUUAUUCGAAGUAUAUAUUCAGAUAAAAUUAUUAAAACAAAAUGUAGAGCGAUAAAGACAAAUGGCUAAUAUAUAAUGUACAGUUAUCUGCAAGUUGCAGAAAAUGUGUGUAUUUAGAUCAAACAAAUAUUAUCAUUAAUGAUUGACAAAGUUUCACUAUAAGGCAUUUUAUUUAAGAUAAGGUUUAUUCAAAAGAAAAGAAAAGAAAAGAAGAUAACAUUUCCGGGAACACAAAAAUUUUAGAAAAUAAAACUAAUCAAAUAUUAGAUUCUGAGUAUAGUGAAGAAGCUUAUGGUUUUACAAAGAUUUUAUUUAUUUAUUUUUUUUUUUUUAAUCUGUGUGAAUUUUUUCUAUCUGAAAUCUUGCUUUGAUUUUUAAGGAUAGCACCUUUUCUGAAAGGAAAUCGGUGUGGGAAGAUUAGGUUUCAUUUUUCGAUUUUAUCAAUAGUUUUCUCAUCAAAUGUGAAAAACCGUGAAACAAUCUUGGAAAUCUAAUAUAUUCUAACCUAAACGUAGGAAAACCGGGAAAAUCGGUACAUUAAACAAAUAUUAUUAAAGAAAAUAUAUAGUAUAUUUAAUUAUUUUUCUAUAAUAUGACAUACCUAUAUAUAUUUGACAAAGCAUCACUAUCAACUGAAUUCCGCUCAGAAUCGUUUUUUCGUUGAAAUGGUUUGUCGUUACUUACAAAUAUAUAUUAAAUUCCCUUCUGUAUCCAACCUUCCCACCUAUAACAGUGGCUGCACCCGUCCCCAAAAUACAGUUUUUUUUAUUUUGAAAUUAAAAAUUUUAGCCAAAUUACUAGGAAAAAAGCUUGAUUUAUUUAAUAAAAAUUGACUUUUUUGGAUUAUUUUUUUACAAUCUCUCGCUUUAUUCUCUCUCUCUCUCUCUCUUAUUUUCUCUCUUUAAUCUCUAUCAUUGAAAAUUUCUGGGCACUCCAUUGCAAAUGAUUAGUGUAGUAAAUAGUAGAUAUUCUAUUUGAAAACGCGAAUGAAUAAAUAAAUUUUGUUUUAAAUGUAUAGUUUGUAGAAGUUGUUUUAAGAGUGCGUGCAGAGCUUCUUGUUACGCUACCGAAGGGAUUGACUUUGGUUAUUGUGAAGACGAUUUUUGUAAAUGUUCACCGCCGACAAUUUUCGUUUUUGAUGGUAUUGGUCGUGAUUUGAAUGACAAUCAAAUCAAAAGAUCGUUGAGUAAUAACAAUCUCAUUCAAAAUACAGUAAAUAUUAUAUUAUUUGAUUUAUAUUUUUCAUACUAUAUAAUAAAAAAUAGUGGUAACAUAAGAAGCACUUGGUAGAAACGCACAAGGGUACACAAAUUAUCAUGAUUUAUGUACCCGUAGGGGGCUUUGUCCCCAUAAUACUCUCUUAAAAUAUAUUAUUAGUAUUGUAUUUUUACGAUAUAUUAUUAUUAUUAUUAUUAUAUAUGAUGCUGUCUAAACAUAACAGAUCAUAAAAUCACCAGGACAAAUACAAUAAUUGAGUAAAUUUUUACAUGGAGUCAGUGGUGAUAAUCAUUAAACUGUAGCAAUUUAUGAUAAAAUAUAACACUUUCUCACUAUAAUCCAUUUUGAAAAUAUAGAUAUCAACGUCCAAUUAUAUACACAGACCAAAGGCGCCUAAAUUAAAUGAACUACACGAAAAAAAUAGGGUAUUUUUUUUUUUAAUACGAUGUUAUAUAAUAAUUAAAUUAUUAAAAUUUGUAUUAUCUGCAUGUGAUUUAAUUUAAUUAAUGUGUUUAGAUUUGGAGAAAAAUUUUGAUUAAAAUUACCAAGGAAUAUUCGUUUAUAAAAGAACACGAUUUGAAAAAUCUAAAAGCCUCACUGUUCAAAAAUAUAACAAUAUUAAAAUACUUUUAUAAUCUGUUGCUCCGUAAACCGUUAGUAGACGUAUUAAAAGAAAUGAAAAAUAAAAGACCCGCAAGUAUGUCUAAUGAUUGCGAAGAUCUUUUGAAACGUUUACGAAGGCCACGUGUCGUAAAUAAUAAUCCUGAAAAUUUAAAUACUAAACACCUAUCAUCUAGAAAAGAUGAGAGCGACACGGAUGACGAAGUACCAAAUCAUAAAAUAGUACUCGAAGUAUCAGAAGAAUCCGUCGAUGAUGAUGAUGGAAAUUCCGGCGAAGAAAAAGACGUGCCCAAGAAGCCUGAACAAAAUCAUCCACAGGUUGUCAAAGAUGGUAAUGAACCUACAGGAUCAUAUUCUGAAUAUGAAUAUGUGGAUGACGAUGAUGACGAACGUGUCAAGGAUAAAUAAUAAUACUUAUAUAAUGAGUAAUAUUGGUGAAACGUACCUAUAUAAUAAUAUGUAAGGUGUUUUAUUUUAUUUAUACAAUAUUUGCAAUAUUGAAAUUUAAUGAAACUGUAGCUUAUUAUUAUAUAAUUAUGUAUUUAUUUAAAUAUCUAUGCGAAUAGAAUAAGUGUAAGAUUUACACAAAAAUCGAUUAAAAAUGUAUCAAUAAACUAAUACAAGUACCUAAUAUUAUUUAUUCAGUUUUAUGUUAUUAUAUUAUUUUUACAACAAUUAUA